GGGAGUGGUCACAGCUGGAAGGAUAAUAAGAUGCGCAUGAAUUUACUACAGUAUCUGAAACAACGAUAAGAGGAAAAUAAAUGGACGUUUUCGUUGCUCACAUCAAGCGUUUGCGCGAGGUUUUUUUUUCGGUGUUUGUUUUAUUUAAGUUGGCCUUUCCUCGACGAAUUUUAGCAAGUUAAAGUUGGGACGCUGCUUUCCGUAGUUGAUGGAGAUUCAAAGUUUGUUCGGUCCACUCGCAUUGGAAAGAAAUGCGUCCUUCGCUGACUGUGAAGGCUUCCUGUGGUCAGAGUGGAUCAGUGACUUCAGUAAAGGCAAGGAGCACCAUCUCAAGAUAUGACAUUUGCUACAGUGAUAUUCUAGAGACUUAUUUCAAGUUGUUUCUCCAUAUUGUGAAGGAGUGUAUGAGCUCAGGUGAGACCAGCGGCUUUCCCCCUGAUUUGAUCUGAGGUGACACUGGUAAAAAAACAACAACAACACAAUGCUGACUCAGUAGAAUUUAUGAGUACCAAAAGUAUUCCCCGCCAUAAAUCCUGUCACUGAACCUUCUGGUAUUCAGCAUUACACGUCGCCAUUGGAAAAAAAGCCAAUGUCUGCCUCCUCUCCCCCAUCCUUACCUCGAGCCUUUCAACAUUCUCUCCAUCCGCACCACCCGACCUUACCGCCCAUUUUGUCGCCAUCUUCGGCCGGACCGCUCUACUCGCGGCUGUCCAAUGGAAACCACAGUGUCCCCAGCCCCACCAACUCCCGUAGCUCUUUCCAUGGGGUGUCUUUCCUGCUGCAAAUUGGGUUGACCAGAGAGACAGUGAACCUGGAGGGCAAUGACCUCUCCCUGUCGGCUGUCAAGGACCUAGUGUGCUCUAUAGUGGACCAGAAGUUCCCAGAGUGCGGCUUCUUUGGCAUGUACGACAAGAUCUUGCUAUUCCGCCACGACCUAAAUGACGAAAACAUCCUGCAAAGGCUGACCUCAACUGAGGACAUCCACGAGGGAGACCUAAUUGAGGUGGUUCUCUCCGCCCAAGCCACAGUUGAAGACUUCCAGAUUCGACCUCAUGCCCUCUAUGUCCACUCCUACAAAUCCCCCACCUUCUGUGAUUACUGCGGGGAGAUGUUAUGGGGUCUUGUUCGGCAGGGGCUCAAAUGUGAAGGAUGCGGGCUAAACUACCACAAGCGCUGCGCCUUUAAGAUUCCAAAUAAUUGUACCGGUGUGAGGAAGAGGAGACUGUCCAAUGUCUCGCUGCCAGGACCGUCCCUCUCAGUUCCCCGACCGGUACCUGCGGAGAAUGCAGCGGUUGUCUUGGAUGAGCAGCAGCAGAGGUUCCAUCAAGAAGCAGGGAAGCGAAUUCUGUCCUGGAGCGGCCGGCCUAUCUGGAUGGAAAAGAUGGUGCUUGGUCGGGUUAAGGUGCCUCACACUUUUGCCAUCCACACCUAUACCCGACCCACUAUCUGCCAGUACUGCAAGCGUCUGCUCAAGGGACUCUUUCGACAGGGAAUGCAGUGUAAAGAUUGCAGAUUUAACUGCCAUAAGCGGUGUGCUUCAAAGGUACCAAGAGAUUGUUUGGGUGAGGUGGAUUUUAAUGGAGAGCCUUCUAGCCCUGGCCCGGAGUCGGACAUCACUCUGGAUACGAUGGAGGUGGACAGCGGUGAAUUGGAAGGCAGCAGAGGGAUGGAUGACUCUGAGGAACUUUCCACUCCAGAGGAGAGGAUGUUCGACAUGGAUUCUCCCUUCUUGGACCGAGAGAAAGAUGAGGAGCCCAUUAAGACUAUUAGUCCCUCCACAAGCACCAACAUCCCACUGAUGCGGGUGGUCCAAUCCAUCAAACACACCAAGAGGCGGAGUUCCACUGUGGUGAAGGAGGGCUGGAUGGUUCAUUAUACCAGCAGAGACAACUUGAGGAAGAGACAUUACUGGCGGCUGGAUAGCAAAAGUCUAAGUCUUUUUCAGAACGACACAGGAGCCAAGUUCUAUAAAGAAAUCCCCCUGUCUGAGAUUCUCCAGGUAGAGCAGUGCAGAGACUACAAUAAUCUGGCCCAGGGAAGCAACCCACACUGCUUUGAGAUUAUCACAGACACCAUGGUCUACUAUGUCGGGGAAAACAAUGGCAAUCACUACCACAGCCCCGUUCUGGCCGCCUCGGGAGUUGGCAUGGAGGUGGCACAAGGCUGGGAGAAGGCCGUCAGACAGGCUCUGAUGCCAGUCACACCUCAACCUAGUGUGACAAGUGCUGCAGGUCCAGGCAAAGAUCAUAGAGAGCUGUCCAUAAGCAUCUCUGUGUCCAACUGCCAAAUUCAAGAGAAUGUGGAUAUUGCCUCAGUGUACCAAAUAUUUUCAGAUGAAGUGCUGGGAUCAGGACAGUUUGGCAUUGUGUAUGGAGGUAAACACAGAAAGAGUGGAAGAGAUGUGGCCAUAAAGGUUAUUGACAAGAUGAGAUUUCCUACCAAGCAAGAAAGCCAGUUGAGGAAUGAGGUGGCCAUUUUACAGAAUCUGCACCAUCCUGGCAUUGUCAACCUGGAAUGCAUGUUUGAGACACCAGAACGGGUGUUUGUGGUGAUGGAGAAGCUUCAUGGCGACAUGUUGGAAAUGAUCCUCUCUAGUGAGAAGAGCAAACUGCCUGAACGAAUCACCAAGUUUCUAGUUACACAGAUUCUGGUGGCCUUGCGACAUCUGCACUUCAAAAACAUCGUUCACUGUGACUUGAAGCCUGAGAAUGUACUAUUGGCAUCUGCAGAACCCUUUCCUCAGGUGAAGCUGUGUGACUUUGGAUUUGCCCGCAUCAUUGGCGAGAAAUCUUUCCGGCGAUCGGUGGUUGGCACUCCGGCUUAUCUGGCUCCUGAAGUCCUGCGGAGUAAAGGCUACAAUCGCUCGUUAGACAUGUGGUCUGUGGGAGUUAUCGUGUACGUUAGUUUGAGCGGGACAUUCCCUUUCAAUGAGGAUGAGGACAUCAAUGACCAGAUUAAGAAUGCUGACUUCAUGUACCCGCCUACGCCCUGGAAGGACAUCUCAGCGGAAGCCACAGAUCUGAUCAAUAAUCUCCUCCAAGUGAAGAUGAGGAAGAGAUAUAGUGUGGACAAAUGUCUCAGCCAUCCUUGGUUGCAGGACUAUCAGACAUGGUUGGACCUCAGGGACUUUGAGACGCGACGAGGCGAACGCUACAUCACCCACGAGAGUGACGACGCACGCUGGGAGGAGUACGCGGACGAGCACAGUCUUGUUUACCCCAAACACUUCAUCAUGGCGCCCAACCUGGAUGACAUGGACGAGGAUCCCUAGUGGCACACCAGGGAUUUAAUUCAGGAAGAUCACUGGGGACUUUUUACGUGGAACUUUGGGAGCUGUGAGCCCCUCCAAACUGUUUGCUGCGGAAACAGACAAAGACUCGCAAUACGUGGGGAAACGCCAAGUUUGUAGCAUGCCUGCACUGCUACAAGUUGUAAACUGAGGAUGUGCGUGCGCCACUGAAAAACAGAAACUGAGGAGAGACAAGCUUUCUCCUUUUUUUGCAUCAUCGCAACACAUUCCAUGGAUGUAAGGAGAAUUGUACCAAGAUAAACUUGAUGGUUUUGUUGUUUUAUUCAGUUGUGGUUCCUUUUCAGUAAUAAUAUGGCUCUGUUGUGUGUGUGUGUGCGUGCGUGCGUGUGUGUGUGUGCGUGUGUGAGAAGAGGUUGAUAGAAAGAGACAGAGAGUUUAUCCCAGGAGUAAAGGGCACUUUUCACAAGGGAUUUGGGGCCUGAGAAUUUAUCAAACAAUCUGCAAGUUCUCAUUUCCAAACGGUUUGUGAGUUUGACCUUCGGCAUGAAACUGGAACAAUCACAUUACGGUAUGUGUUUUGUAUGUUGUUUUAAUGUAUUUAGUAAUUGUGUUAGUGUUUUGCACUAUAUUGUUUUGAACAUUCCCAUGGAACAAAAAGCUCCAUUUGCUGCUACAUCUGGUCUCGAUGCACAGUGUUCAAUAGUGAUAAUUGGUGAAAAGUAGCUGGAGCUCAGUAGUGGCCGAUGUGUGUCUGUAUGUUCUCAAUGUGAGUGUUAUCUGUUCUAUCGCCAAACAAAAAAAUAAAUGGUGGAGUACUUUAAAUAAACGUAAUCAGUCAGUACGUUCAAUCGAUUCGAUUUUUACAUUCAGUGUUCGUCUGAAACCAGCAAUUGUAUUCAUAUAGACUAUUUUAAAUGGAACUUUGUAAGCAUCCCUUUGUGGAAUGUGAUUUUUUAUUUUAUUUUUGUGUGUUAACUGAAUCAUUCCAAAGAGCAGAGGUGCCGCAUAGAACAAAACUGUCCAUUCCAUGUGCAAACAAAUUGUAUGUAUGAUGUCUGAAUUGUUUCUUUUAGCACAUUAUCGAAAGCUUCCCAUAUGCCAGUUUAGUGUCCAGCGGGUUUGUCGUUAAUUCUGCUGUUGUGAUUUGGGAGUUCAUUCCAAUUUUCCUUCACUCUUUCUCUUGUCUUUGUUGCCGCUGGAUUGGCAGGUGUUUUGUACAUUUCUAUGCAUACCAUUGGAAAAUAAAAGGCCCCAGCAUAAACA